CAAAGGUUUCUUCGCCAAUCGUCGAGUACGAAAUGAGAGGCCAUUGAGAACCAGCACCUUUGGAAGAGAAAGCGCACAUCGACAUUUCUUCUUGGACGGAAGGCGCGUAUGCAGCACGAAGACACCCAAGGACGCGCUAAUUUGGGAAACUGCGGAUACCUAUAGGACGAGAACUGGACAUCCAACGAUUUAAACGCGCAUAUUUCGGUACGGACAUCCAGCCACCCUAUACCUAACCCUUUGUCUUCAGUUGCUUAAUGCCGUGCUUAAUCAAUUCCAGUGAGCCUGUGACGAGUAAUCAUUGCGUGACCGGUACCCUCGGACUCCUUUUUGCAGCCACACAACGCGGAGUUGCAUCAGGGUCCAAAGUCCACACGUGAGUACUCCAGCUUUCUAUACUAAACCUAAUCAAAAUGGGAAAAGAUGAUAUUGUGGUACCAACUGAUGGUAAAUCACGCGAUAAAUCGCCAUCUAGGGCCAUCUGUGACGCCGCGAUUGAACCUCACGUUCGCGAAUUGGUUAAAAAACGUGGCAUUAUAAAGGCUAGACUCACAAAGUUCGCAACCCACAUUCAAAGCUGUAGCGAUAAUUUAAACGAUUUAACUGAGCCUUGUAGAAUCAAUUUAAAAUUACGCAUACAAGGAGCAGAGAGCCUGUACACUGAAUUUAACGAUAUUCAAACUCAAAUAGAAGCGAAUGUGUACGAAUCAAAUCUCGAUGAUCAGUUAACGCAACGAGAUCAGUUUGAGGAUAGUUAUUUCAGUGCGCAGUCCCUCGCCAAAUCUAUACUAAAUAAAUUUAAUAGUACUGAAAGCCAAAGUCCCACUGUUUCGCAAAACACAACAAUGAAGGCAAUUAAACUGCCAGUUUUAUCACUUCCCUCUUUCGACGGCACGUAUGAAAACUGGCUCGCUUUUAGAGAUAUUUAUUUAUCACUAGUUCACAAUGCGAAGGAUCUCUGUGACAUCCAAAGGUUCCACUACCUAAAGUCAUCGCUGACAGGUAGUGCUUUGUUAGUAAUAGAAGCGCUCGAACUAACGUCAAGUAACUACGCGGUGGCAUGGGAGCUCCUUCUUAAUCGCUACAAUAACAAUAGGUUAUUAAUCCACAAUCACGUCAAGGCACUAUUUACGCUUCAGUCUCUGCCUAAAGAAUCACACAUACUUCUUCGAAAGUUAAUUGACACAACACUAAAGAAUUUACGCGCUUUGAAGGUCCUAGGCGAACCUGUAUCGUCAUGGGAUACCCUAAUUAUUUACAUCUUAGUGUCAAAGCUCGAUAAAACCACUGAACGCGAGUGGGAACAACAUAAAAGUAGCCUUACGAGCGGCGACACUCAGAUGAAGAUUAAAUUGGAUGAUUUAUUGCAAUUUUUACGAAACCGUGCUGAUAUGUUAGAAACAUUGCAGGCAUCACAUUCACAAAGUACGAGUGUACGCGAUAAGCACGAAGUGAACAAAAAAUAUAUCACUCCUAGCUCCACUCACAACUACAACAAUAACAAAGUAAAUUGCAAUGUUUCUACCAACAGCAAACCACAAAAAUCACAGCACAAAUCAAAAUUCGCGUGUCCUAUGUGUAACUUAAAUCAUCCACUUUAUUCUUGUGUCAAAUUUCUCGAUACUAACUACGAAUCUAAACUUAAGUUUGUAGCCGACAACAAGUUAUGCACUAACUGCCUCCGAGCGGGACAUUCCGUGGAGUCAUGCGUAUUCGGCCCGUGUCGCAAGUGUAAUAAUAAACAUAAUUCAAUUAUCCAUCCUCCUAGUGAUGAGUGCGCUCGCGUCCCUGCCCCCGCUGACGUCACAACCCCCGCUGCAUCCACUUCGGCCGCAGCUGCAUCUAGUUCGGCCGCCGCCGUGUCGGUCAAUGUGCAUUGUCAGCGAAUUCCUUCGCAGUACCCGAUCUUGGAGCCGGUCUUGUUGUCAACUGCGCUUAUCGACGUGAUUGAUAAAAAUAAUAAACCGCAUACGGUCGUUGCUCUGCUUGAUGAUGGCUCGCAACGAUGUUUUAUAAAAGAAUCCUUACGUGAUUUAUUAGGCGCACGAUUAGUACAGUCCACUCACGAAAUAAGCGGUGUAGGUCGUACUGUGACGCAGUGUACGCAAACCUGCAAUGUCCAAGUAAAAUCGCGCAUUAAUGCCUACACAACAAAUUUGCAUUGUUUUGUUUUAUCGGAAAUAAACACAGCAAUGCCAGUUGUAUAUAAACAUUGCGCAAAAUUCGAUAUUCCAGAUAAUAUACAACUGGCAGAUCCGCAAUUUUUAGAUUACAAAGAUUUCGAUAUCUUAAUAGGUGGUGAUAAGUUCUGGGAUUUGUUUACGAUGGAAAAAAUAAAAUUACGUAACGGUCCCUACUUAUUAAAUACCGAAUUUGGAUGGGUAGUAGCAGGUCCUAUCAAUUUAAACGCACGCAUUGAAGGCCACAUCCAAUGUAAUUUUACGCAAACAACAGAUUCGUUAUUACGGCGGUUCUGGGAGAUUGAGGAGGUACCUACCACUCGGGACGCAUUGUCUGACGAGGAGAAGGCUUGCGAGGAGCAUUUCGUUCGCACCACUACGCGCGACAGCGAAGGAAGGUUCUGUGUUAGCAUGCCACUCAAGCAGCCACCCGAAAUGCUAGGAGAAACGUAUCCUCAAGCUGAACGUCGUUUACUGGCGCUGGAAAAACGAUUACAGCGUUCAGAAACGUUUAAAAAAUUAUAUACAGACUUUAUGCAUGAGUACCUCGAUUUAGGGCACAUGAGUAAAGUGACGUCAUAUAACUCACCGCAUUUCUUUUUGCCACAUCAUGGAAUUUUUCGUGAAUCUACAACCACACGUUUAAGGGCAGUUUUCGAUGCUAGUGCGGCAUCUAGUACGGGUACGUCUUUGAACGACAUUCAAAUGGUAGGUCCCGCGAUCCAGGGCGACCUUCUGUCGAUUCUUUUACGCUUUAGGCAGCAUCGUUACGUGGCAUGCGCGGACGUAGCUAAAAUGUAUCGUCAGGUACUAAUGGCAGAAAAUCAACGUGACCUUCAACUGAUCCUUUGGCGCGACAGCCCCGACGAACCGAUACAAAUUUAUCGCUUAAAUCGUGUCACUUACGGUAUGGCGUCGGCGGCUUUCUUAAGUGUCCGUUGUUUAAAACAGUUAGCCACUGAAUGCACCGAUCCCGACAUUAAAAGAAUAAUUAACGAAGAUUUUUACGUAGACGACAUGAUAACUGGGUCACAGGAUAAACUUCAAUUGUUACGAUUAUGCAAUGAAACCGCGCGAACAUUGCAAUCGGGUUGUUUUCCGUUACGAAAGCGGGUAUUCAACUUUAGCGAACCGUCGUUAGAGUCUAAUUUCGCACUACUGUCUGACGCGCAAACUAAACUAACGUUCGAUAAAGACUGCAAUUCAAAGACGUUGGGCAUAGGUUGGAAUAAUUACUAUGAUCAAUUUUAUUUUAACUCGCAACUUGAUUUAAUGAAACCCAAUGAUAAAGUAACCAAACGUAUUAUUUUAUCACAUAUCUCGCAAAUUUAUGAUCCCUUAGGUUUAUUAAGUCCAACAAUUAUGCUCGCCAAGGUCUUACUCAAGCGUUUAUGGCUUCUUAAACUCGAUUGGGACGAUGAAGUACCUUCUGACGUCAUGCGCACCUGGAAUGAUUUUACUAAAUCGUUAUCAGUUGCUCUAAGUACUAUCCGAGUGCCGCGUUAUGUAAUAGGUAGCAGUAAUUAUACGCGCAUAGAAAUGCAUAUCUUUACAGACGCGUCACAGGUUGCUUACGGCACUUGCAUUUAUAUUCGCACAAUAAAUGAUGAUGAUGAAGUAUGCUCACGAUUGUUAUGUUCGAAAGGGAAAUUAAGUCCAAUUAAAUCCCUUAGUACGCCCCGUCUGGAACUUUGCAGCGCACUUCUAGGCGCUAAAUUAUAUGACAAGGUCAUAAAUAGUUUUCAUUGCAAGUUUGAUGACGUCGUUUUUUAUUCCGAUUCGACUUGCGUUUUAGGGUGGUUGCGCAUGGCACCUAACUUAUUAAAAACUUUUGUGCAGAAUCGAGUCACUGAGAUCCAUGAACUAACCAAAGGGCUUCCAUGGCGCCACGUCAGCGGUAAAAUUAAUCCAGCCGACUUAGUUUCGAGAGGCGUUCGAUUGGAAGACCUAGCUGGAUCCAGUUUAUGGUGGGAAGGACCUGAAUUUCUGCAGGAUGUUAAUUUUGACCCUAAAAACAUGCCAAAAUUACCAAGUUCGAAUGAUGCGCACGACAUACUGCCGGAGGUUAAAUCUAACAUAGAUUUAGCGCUUACCGCUACCACACAAGCGGCAUUAUUUCCUUUCGAGCGGUUUUCUCAGUUCUCGCGCAUGAUACACACCGCUGCUUAUGUUUUACGUUUUAUUCAUAACGCGCGCAAUAAGAAUAAUAAGCGUACGGGCAGUAUUAGCGUCGAGGAACUGCGGGAAUCAACAAAUUUAUUAGUCAGGCUGUCUCAACUGGAAUCGUUUCCAGAUGAGUACAAGCUAUUGACUAAUAAACAAACAAUUAAAACUAAGCAUAAUUUAAGUAAAUUAAACUUGUUUAUCGAUGAAGAUCGCGUUAUGCGAGUCGGCGGUCGCAUUGGUUAUUCGCUAUACUUUGCUUACGAAAAAAGGCACCCGAUUUUAAUAACAAGCAAACAUCACUUUGCGCUUUUAUUAUUUCGCCACGAACAUAAAAAACUUCUACACGCUGCGCCUCAAGCCCUUCUUUUUGAACUGCAUGAUGCUUGGUGGCCACUAGGUGGUAGGAAUCUAGCGCGAAAGAUUUUUUAUGACUGUGUUGUUUGUAAGCGAUUAAGAGGGAAAACCCUUACUCCUUUUAUGGGAAACCUACCCGAAGAGAGAAUUACGCCUACAUAUCCUUUUUUAACUUGCGGCGUGGACUAUGCAGGGCCAGUUUUCAUAUUGAACCGCAAAGGCAGAGGUGCUCAAACUGUGAAGGCAUAUAUUUGCUUGUUUGUAUGUUUCGUCACGCGAGCUAUCCACUUAGAGCUUGUCAGCGAUCUGACUACUGAUGCUUACCUUCUAGCUCUCAAACGCUUUAUAGCGAGACGCGGAAAGCCUAACGAAAUAUACUCAGAUAAUGGCAGGAACUUUGUGGGUUUGAUGCACGACUUUGCCAAGUUUUUAUCGCAAUGUAGUCCCGACAUCACAGAUUACGCUACUAGUUGUAAUAUUAAAUUUCAUUUUAUUCCACCUUACGCACCCCAUUUUGGUUCCCUAUGGGAAGCUGGAGUAAAAUCAUGUAAGUUUCAUUUACGCCGUGUUAUUGGUAACGCUCACCUCACGUUCGAGGAAUUUAGCACGGCAUUAAAUCAAAUUGAGGCGGCCCUAAAUUCCCGUCCUUUAUACGCCAUGUCAUCGGAUCCGCACGAUCUUCUUCCUCUGAGCCCUGCGCACUUUCUCGUCGGGCGCACUUUGACGUCGCCCGCCUCAGAGGACCUUCAGCACGCGCCUGCUCAUCGACUCAACCGGUACCAGAUGGUGGAGAAGAUUAGGCAGCAUUUCUGGGCCCGCUGGUCCAAGGAGUACGUCUCCGAAUUACAGACGCGAUCCAAGUGGAGGAGCCACUGCGAAGACCUGAAGCCGAACACACUGGUUCUCAUAAAGGACGACAAUCUGCCUCCGCUAAAAUGGCAUUUAGGACGUGUCGUCAAGACUAUCCCUGGGCGAGACGGAGUGUCAAGAGUGGCAGACAUCCAUACUGCAUCAGGCACCAUAAGACGCGCUUACACCAAAAUCUGCCCCUUGGUGUCUCAGCCAGAUGAAGAGAGGAGAGACGCUCAAGAAUCCUCUUGAAAGCCAGAUCUUUCAAGGCCGGGGGCAUGUUCCGUACGAGACUCACAGCGACAUCUCUUGUCGCCUUGUCGGAGAGACGCAGUUGCGUAUGUCGCGUGAUACCUAUCGCGGCCAAUACGGAGCCCGAGAUACGCUUUCGUCACCCUACGUCACGACAUAUUGUUCCCCUCUACCCCAAUAUCCUCGAAUCAUGUACAAGUAGAUUAAGCAUUUAGAA